ACCCCCUUCCUCCUCGCCCCGAGGCCUGUGGUGACUGGGACCGUUGCGGCAGAACCAUGGAGGAAAAGCCUUUCAAAGCAUUGGCCAAGUCUUCGGGCCGCCAGGGCUCAAGCAAGUCGAGCCCGCACAGCGACAUCCGGAAGCUGUGGACCACGGCCACGCUGUCGCAGCCGAAGGUGAAUGUGGCGCUGUCCAGUGUCUGCGACGACUCUGAGGCCAGCAGCGUGGGCGGCAACACCCGCCGCUGGUACAACCAGAAGGCUGGCCGCCACUCGGACAUCGGCUGGGAAGACUCAGAGGACGGAGAGGACAAAGACAGCUUCAGGCAAGAGGAACUGGACGGGCACUCCUUGCUGGAGCUGCAGCUGCACGGCGGCAGCUCCCUGGGAAGCCAUUUAGAGGAGGGGGACGACGAUGCCAGGACCGAGACCGAAAGGUCUUCCUCAAUGUCAUCACUCAAUUUCUCAAAGCACACACACCACCGAGCCUACUGGGUGGAGCAGCAGAGCAGGCUGCCGCUGCCCCUGACAGAACUCAUGGAGAAUGAAGCUCUGGAAAUCCUCACCAAAGCCCUCCAGAGCUACCGGUCCGGGAUUGGCCGGGACCACUUCCUGACCAAGCAGCUGCAGCGACACAUCGAGGGGCUCAAGAGGCGCCGGAACAAGAGGCUGCACGUCUCGGUGCACUGAGAGCACCGCUUCGGGCUCGAGUGACGGCCCGACUCCAGCCCCGGUCCCUGUCCCGUCCCCAGACCCAAGCCCGACCCUGUCCACGUGGAAUUUGAGCCCUAGAGAAUAAAAGAGUCUGUGCAUGGUCA